AUGUUUACGAUCAAAGAUUUGGUGUCGAUUGCUUUGACUUAUCUGGCUGCACAUAUCGUCGUUUUUUGUCUAUAUCGAGUCACACUCCAUCCUUACGCCAAGUAUCCGGGACCUUUCCUCGCAAAAUUCACAAGUCUUUACGGCGCUUACCAUGCAUAUCAUGGGGAUAUUCACCUUGAUGUUGAGAGGUGUCACAAGAAAUACGGCAAAUUCGUUCGAUAUGCUCCAAAUUCGCUUCUAGUGGAUUCUCCAGAAGGAUUUCAUGAUAUUUAUGAUAAUUUGAAGAAAGUCAAAAAAGCAAAAAGUUAUAAGGUGCACGGCCAGGGGAACUUGAUAGGGAUUCAGGACAAGGCGGAAUACGCGUGGAACAAGAAAAUCUUCCAGCAGGGAUUCUCCGAUACUGCAAUUCGAGAGCAUGAGCCCAAAGUGAUCAAGGAAAUCGAUACAUUUAUCGAGAAACUAUCAGAAAAUGAGACGCCUGAGAAGAACGGCAAUAAUUGGACCAAUCCCAAGAACAUGGCUCUGUGGUGUAACUGGCUUACAACCGACGUCGUCAGUAAGGUAGUCUUCACCACAUCUUGGGAUUUGAUGACCUCGAGCGCCAACCGUGGUGUGACGGAAUGUUUCAAGACGAUAGUCCGCUUGGUCGGCAUCCUUCACUACUGGCCUCAUCAACCGACCCACGAAAUUGGCUCCCUGAUAUUGCUCCCCCAUCUCGCUUGGAGCGUAAAGGAUUUGAUGAAAUAUUCCAAGGAAGUCAUGGCAAGCAGUAAGGCGGCAAGGAUAGAAGAUCCGUCCAUCAAAGAUGUUUUCGGCUUCUUUAGCUCUGUGAAAGAUCCGAACACGGGCGAGUUGGCACUCACUCCCGAUAGUGUAAGAAGGAAUACGGCGAAUUUCAUCAUUGCUGGCUCCGACACAACUGCUAGUUCUAUCGCAGCAACGUUCUUCUACUUGAGUCACAACCCAACUGCCUACGCCAAAGUCGCACAAGAAGUCCGCUCAGCUUUUCCCUCUGUAGCAUCUAUUCGUGCUGGUCCCACACUCAACAACUGCGUCUACCUCCGCGCUGCCAUCAACGAAUCGCUGCGCAUGUCACCCGUUGCACCUCAACCACUAUGGCGCGAAGCUGAAGAGGGCGGGUGCUUGGUCGACGGGGAGCUCAUCCCUGCUGGUCUGAAAGUAGCUUCGGGUAUCUUCUCCCUCCACCAUAACGAAGAAUUAUUCCCAGACUCCUACAAAUACGACAUCGAACGCUGGAUCAUAGAUCCAAAGAAGGAUGAGGAGAAGGAGAAGGAGAGGAUCAAGGAGAUGUCGAAGAGUUAUGCGCCGUUUUCUGCUGGUCCUCGACAGUGUAUUGCGAAGAAUUUUGCGCUGAUGGAAUUGAUGCUUACGAUGGCCAAUGUAUUCGUGAGACUCGAUUUUGAGAAGGUCGGGACGUUGGGAGAGGGGAGAAAGGGGAUGGGAGAAGGGAGGGAGAGGGAAGGAGAAUUUCAGAUGAAGAGCUAUUUCACGAGCUAUAUGGAAGGACCUAUGAUUAGGUUCAAGACGAGAGAAGUUUGA